CGGAUUGUGGUAAAAUUACAAAAUUUUUUCAUAAAUCUCAUCAGGCUUGUUCUAUAUUACAUCAAGGUUUAGCUCAAAUGAUGAUUAAAUCUGAAGGAUUGCAUACAUGGAUAAAAACUAGAUAG